UUGUAAUGGGGGGUUUCACGUGAUUUGGUUUCUUAAUCAAACCAUGCAACUUCUGUUCAUUUGUGUGCUGCAGAUUUUUCUGUUUAAAUGCUUGCAAUGGCUGAAGGUUUAUUUAGUUUGAGUUUGUGGGAAGGUUUUUGGGUAAUUCUUCAAUGGAGGGCAGAGAUUUGGAGACACCUGAAGGGAUUAUUAAGGAUUUGGCGAAAAGGGUGGAGAUGAAAGCUCCAAAUGAAGCUUUUCCUUCUAUGUGGAGCUUCAUUCGUAAUCUACCUUCAUUCACUCUGCUUUUUCUUCUCGGCAUUACCAAAGGAAUGAUUUUCAGUCCAUUGACAAGCCUAAUCAUGACAAUGGCAAAUUCUACUUUGAUAGCCUUUCUUUGGCCUAUCCAAACUUUUUGGACAUAUUACUGCAUUCUAAGAUCAGAAGUUCUUGGUUGGGGUCUUAAACUCGUUUUAUGUCUUUGUGUACUGCCUGUUCUACUGCUUUUAUGGCCUGAAUUUGCCGCUCUCGGAAGCACUAUAGGUGGAGCUAUUUAUGGCUUUCUUUCUCCAAUAAUGGCUACGUUUGAUGCUGCUCGAGAAGACAAGCCAGAUAAAGUAUUCCACUGUAUGUAUGAUGGAACUUGGGAUACCAUAAAAGGAUCCUUUUUGGUUAUUGGGGAUUUUCGUGAUGUUUGUUUACAUUCUUACUUCUCUACUAUGGAGGAACUACUACAAAAGGGAAACUUGGAUGGAGGAUACUAUGAUAUCAGAUUACUUGACUUCCUUGGUGGUUCUAUAAUUGGAAUCCUUGGAUCUGUUGUUGAUACACCAGUCAUCUUACUCAUUGCUCUGUAUAAAUGCCCUUUUAUGCUGUUCAAGGGUUGGUGUCGUUUAUUCCACGAUCUUGUCGGUCGAAAAGGCCCAUUCUCCGAGACGAUAUGUGUUCCAUUUGCUGGGCUUGCUAUUUUACUCUGGCCAUUAGCUGUUGUGGGUGCACUUGUUGGCUCUAUUAUAUCUAGCAUUUUUCUUGGUGCUUAUGCAGGAGUCAUCGUUUAUCAGGAAUCCUCUUUUUGGUUGGGGCUUUGCUAUAUUUUGGCAUCCAUUUCCAUUUAUGAUGACUACAGCAAUGAUGUCUUAGACAUGGCCAAUGGCUCCUGUUUUCCUAGACCCAUUUAUCGAAAGAAGGAUAUGCAGUCACAAGCUAAACCAGAAGAAUCUCAAUCUGUUAGAAGUUGUCCUUCUCUUACAGAUUUGGUCAAGACUCUCAUUCUUGAGCUAAAACCUCUGGAGCUUCUCGAUCGUCUUUUUAAGGAGUGUAAACGGCAAGGGGAAAUUGUUGUGUCCAAUGGAUUAAUAACACUUGAAGAUAUUGAGCAUGCCAAAUCCAAUAAUGAUAUCACAGUCAUUAGCAUUGGCUUGCCUGCUUACUGCAUUCUUCAAACGAUCCUUCGUUCGGCAAAAGCUGAUUCAGCUGGAUUACUUCUGAAUGACAAUGUUACGGAGAUUACUACCGCAAACCGACCACAAGAUGUAUUCUUUGAUUGGUUUCUAAGUCCUCUUCUGAUCAUCAAGGAGCAAAUCAAAGCAAUAAAUCUCUCAGAGGAAGAAGAGGACUACCUCUCUAGGCUAGUCUUGUUGGGUGAUGAUCCCGUUAGAAUGAAGAAUUCAAAUAUAAACUUGCCACCAGAAUCUAAAUGCAAGUGUGCCGAACUCGAGGCAUUGGCUCGAAGGCUUCGAGGGAUCACCAGAUCAAUAUCAAAGUUCCCAACGUUCAAACGACGGUUUGGCAGUCUUGUGGAGGCAGUGUUUGAAGAUAUCAUGAAGAAAAAUGAUGGAAGCAGAACAAGUAGACAUAAAAUUUCCAAAUCAGAGAGUGCUAUUGGGAGGUUUCUAAAGCAGAUAUCUUUAAAAAAUAAAACUGGAAAUGAUGAAACUGAUGAAGAACAAAAUGUAGUAGUUGAAAGAGAUGUGGAAAGCAAGUUAACAUAGCUCUUUCUUUGGUUGUAAUCUUUUUAGUUUCUCUUUAUCAUUUAAGUGUUGUCUGUUGAAAAUUCAAACUCUGUUCUAGAAAGAUUGAUAGGUGGAAUCGUAUUAUAUAACUAUAUUAAGAAAACAGGUAGCCUUAAAUGCUUCAUAGUGA